AUGGAGGAAUCUCUCGUGCCCGAAACGAGGGUCUUGGCGGUGGCCAGUCAUGUGGUGUAUGGCCAUGUGGGAAAUACCAUGGCCACGUUGGUCAUGCAGUCGAUGGGCUGUGAGGUCGCCGCAUUGAACACGGUGCAUUUCAGCAACCACACCGGAUACCGACAAUUCAAGGGCACGCGCGCAACCGCCCCGGAGAUUACCGACCUCUACCAGGGUCUUUGCCAAAAAGCUGUGGGCAACAUUGCCAUUGACCUGAAGCGGAAGGCCGAGGACAAGCCUGGGUCAUUUUUCUGGGUAUUGGAUCCUGUCAUGGGCGAUCAGGGUCGCCUCUAUGUCAAUGACGAUGUCGUCCCUGCUUACAAGGAGAUCAUUCAACACGCAGACUUAAUCCUACCAAACCAAUUUGAAGCCGAAGUCCUCUCUGGAAUCAAGAUUACUUCCCUCGCCACUCUGGCCGAGGCCAUGACCGCCAUUCACCGCAUUUAUUCCAUCCCCCAUGUCAUCAUCACCUCCGUCCAGCUGUUCAAACUGUCUCAAUCGGGCAACACCCCCAGCCCACCCAAGAAUUACCUGACUGUCAUUGGCUCCACCACGCAGUGUGACGGAUCUCCACGUUUAUUCCGCAUCGACGUGCCAGCCCUCGACUGCUUCUUCAGCGGUACUGGCGACAUGUUCGCCGCCCUGAUGGUGGCCCGGCUCCGCGAAGCCGUCAUCAACGCUGGCGAGGGUCUUCAGAACACCCGUUCCUGGGUGUCACCCGACAGUGUACCAGCCAGUGAUUUACCUCUGGCGCGGGCGACCGUCAAGGUGCUCGCUAGCAUGCACAGCAUCCUUGAGCGGACCAUGGAAGCCCGCAAUGCGGAAUUAGCGGCUGCCGUUCCUGGGCAGAACGGAGAUUUGAGCUCUGAAGAGCAGCAGAAACGUGACCAUCUGCGCCGAACCAAGGCUGCCGAAGUGCGACUAGUCCGGAACACACGUUUCCUUUGGGAUCCCCUCGUCACAUUCGAGGUGCAACAGUGGAGCAAAGAAGAUCUCCCGACCCAAAUGCAAUAG